AGCGGGUUCAGGUGUGUAGGAGAGAUCGCGGUGUCGCCGUCUGUGGCCAGGAUCGCCCCUUCCUUGUGAGCCCCUCGGCUCCUCCCCCUCCGCGGGAACUCUGUGCUUCCGGCAGGCUCGUCCCCGGCUCGGACCCUCUGGCACAGCUGAGUUGGUGACUGACUCCUGGAGGGAUCACUGGUAGAGCUGGAGAAUAUGAAUAGUUUCUCAAGAAAAGUACAUUGCUUUUGGCACAAGAAACUGAAUAAAGGAGAAUUGUUAUUUUGUGUAAUUUUUCAGUAAAAGUCACUGAAAAUUACUUUCCAUGCAGUAACUAUAGGCUUUGAACUUGGAACCCAGAUGUAACACCUCCUCCCUAUAGAAUCUGUCAGGUGAACAUAUAUUUUUGCUUUUUAAUUUCGUUAAAAGCAAUUUAUUUUUAAAGAAAAUAUGUCUCCUCUGAAGAUAAAUGGUCCUAUCAGAGUUCGAAGUAUGCAGACUGGAAUUACAAAGUGGAAAGAAGGAUCCUUUGAAAUUGUGGAAAAAGACAAUAAAGUCAGCCUAGUAGUUCACUACAACACUGGAGGAAUUCCAAGGAUGUUUCAGCUAAGUCAUAACAUUAAAAAUGUGGUAUUACGUCCCAGUGGAACAAAGCAAAGUCGCCUAAUGUUGACUUUACAAGAUAACAGCUUCUUGUCUAUUGACAAAGUACCAAGUAAGGAAGCAGAGGAAAUGAGGUUGUUUCUAGAUGCAGUCCAUCAAAACAGACUUCAUGCAGCUAUGAAACCUUCUCAAGGGUCUGGUAGUUUUGGAGCUUUUCUGGGCAGCAGGGCCUCUCAGAAGGAAACUAACAGACACCUUUCUUACUCAGACAGUCAGGCCUCUUCAAAAAGAGGAAGUUUAGAAACGAAAGAUGAUAUUCCAUUUCGAAAAGUUCUUGGCAACCCCAGUAGAGGAUCAAUUAAGACAGUAGCCGGAAGUGGAAUGGCUGUUAGCCGGACGAUUCCUUCUUUGUUGCUGACAUCAACACCUCUUAGAUCAGGAUUAUUAGAAAACCGCACUGAAAAGAGGAAAAGAAUGUUAUCUGGCUCAGAGCUAACUGAAGAUUAUCCUAAGGAAAAUGAUUCAUCAUCGAACAACAAAGCUAUGACAGACCCUUCAAGAAAAUAUUUAACCAGCAGUAGAGAAAAGCAGCUGAGUUUGAAACAGGCAGAAGAAAAUCGAACAUCAGGCCUUUUGCCUUUGCACUCAUCCUCAUUUUAUGGGAGCAGAGCUGGAUCCAAGGACUACUCUUCUGGUGGCACUAACCUAGACAGGAGUAAUGUUUCAAGCCAGACUCCUUCUGCCAAAAGAAGCUUGGGGUUUCUUCCUCAGCCAGCUCCUCUAUCUGUUAAAAAACUGAGGUGUAACCAGGAUUACACAGGCUGGAACAAACCUAGAGUGCCCCUUUCCUCUCACCAACAACAGCUGCAAGGAUUCUCCAACUUGGGAAAUACAUGCUAUAUGAAUGCUAUCUUACAAUCUCUGUUUUCACUCCAGUCAUUUGCAAAUGAUUUGCUUAAACAAAGUAUUCCGUGGAAGAAAAUUCCACUCAAUGCACUUAUCAGACGCUUUGCAAACCUGCUUAUUAAAAAAGAUAUUUCUAAUUCAGAGACCAAAAAAGAACUACUCAAAAAGGUUAAAAAUGCUAUUUCAGCUACUGCAGAAAGAUUCUCUGGCUAUGUGCAAAAUGAUGCUCAUGAAUUUUUAAGCCAGUGCUUAGAUCAGCUGAAGGAGGAUAUGGAAAAACUGAAUAAAACUUGGAAGACAGAACCUAUCAUUGGAGAAGAAAAUUCACCAGAUGCUUCAGCCACUAAAGUGUUCACCUGCCCUGUUACUGCAAACUUGGAGUUUGAGGUUCAGCACUCCAUUAUCUGUAAAGCGUGUGGAGAGAUUAUUCCCAAAAGAGAACAGUUUAAUGAUCUCUCCAUUGACCUUCCUCGGAGGAAAAAACCUCUCCCUCCUCGUUCAAUUCAAGAUUCUCUUGAUCUUUUCUUUAGGGCAGAAGAGCUGGAAUAUUCUUGUGAAAAGUGUGGUGGAAAGUGUGCUCUUGUCCGACACAAAUUUAACAGGCUUCCCAGGGUCCUCAUUCUUCAUUUGAAACGGUACAGCUUCAAUGUAACUCUUUCACUUAACAACAAGAUAGGACAGCAAGUCAUUAUUCCGAGAUAUCUGACCCUGUCAUCUCAUUGCACUGAAAAUACAAAGCCACCUUUUACUCUCGGAUGGAGUGCACAUAUGGCAAUUUCUAGACCAUUGAAAGCCUCUCAAAUGGUGAAUUCCUGCAUCACCAGCCCUUCUACACCUUCAAAGAAAUUCACCUUCAAAUCCAAAAGCUCCUUCACUUCAUGCCUUGAUUCUGACAGUGAGGAUGAACUAAAACGCUCUGUGGCCCUCAGCCAGAGGCUCUGUGAUGUGCCAGGCAGUGAACAGCAGCAGGAAGAUGUGGAAAAAGAUUCAAAAUUGUGCAGAUUAGAACCUGGGAAGUCCGAAUUGGAGAACUCAGGAUUUGACAGAAUGAGUGAGGAAGAGGUGCUGGCAGCUGUGUUAGAAAUAAGUAGGAGAGAAGCUUUGCCCGUGCUCUGCCAUGAAGAUGACGAUAAGCCAACCAGCAGCCCUGACACUGGAUUUGCAGAAGAUGAUGUUCAAGAAAUGCCUGAAAAUUCAGAUGCUAUGGAGGCUGAGAAACCCAGAACCGUCGCUGAGCCAGAGCCUGCUAGUUUUUCUGAGAUAACGAAAGACUGUGACGAGAAUAAAGAAAACAAAACUCCAAAAGGCUCUCAGGGAGAGGUUGACUGGCUCCAGCAGUAUGACAUAGAGCGUGAAAGAGAAGAGCAGGAACUGCAGCAAGCACUGGCUCAGAGCCUUCAAGAACAAGAGGCUUGGGAACAGAAAGAAGAUGAUGACCUCAAAAGGGCUACAGAGUUAAGUCUUCAAGAGUUGAACAACCCUUUUCUGGAUUCCCUGUGCUCAGAUGAAGACUCUGGAAAUGAGGAUAUUUUUGAUAUGGAAUACACAGAAGCUGAAGCCGAGGAACUGAAAAGAAAUGCUGAGACAGGAGCUCUUCCCCAUUCCUACCGGCUCAUCAGUGUCGUCAGUCACAUCGGGAGCACCUCUUCCUCAGGUCAUUACAUUAGUGAUGUAUAUGACAUUAAGAAACAGGCAUGGUUCACAUACAAUGAUCUGGAGGUCUCUAAAAUCCAAGAGUCCUCUGUGCAGAGUGACCGAGAUCGGAGCGGCUACAUCUUCUUCUACAUGCACAAGGAGAUCUUUGAUGAGUUGCUGGAGACAGAAAAAAACUCUCAGGCACUUAGCAUGGAAGUGGGGAAAACUACCCUUCAGACCUCAUGAGGAGCAAAGGGCUGGCAACAUGAACUGCAGUUUUCUCACUGCCACCCACCUCACCUUUCCUCUGCCCGAAGAGAAUUUGGAAUUCUACUUGAUUCAGGAGCAACAAACAGCUCAGGGCCAAACCAAAAGACAAAAUUCCAUCAUGUGCAACAACGCUCCAUUCUGUUUUAUGGAAACCUUGGUCUCAUCUAUAGCUGAUUAGCCUUUUUCUCCUACAAGAGUGACGCUUCCUUUUGUCUUAAGAAUACAUGUUGUAAAUACAUAUAUGUACAUACCCACACAAUUUAUGGAAUGACUGGAGCCUUAAAGCACUAGAAUGAGCCACCACGAGUAGUAUGUCUGCUCACAAUGAAUGCCACAGCUGUUUGGAGGAAAGCGGGAAGUGUGGAGAUGCACAUAUCGUUUGGCUUGAACUUUUGCGUUUUGAGUGACUUCACUCAAGUCCAACCUUUCGUGUUUCUUAUGAGUACAGUUCACAGGAAAGCCCGUUACACUAACAAUAGUUUGUUCUCCCUGGAAGAGGCAUUUCUGUAGCCUGAUUUGAGUUUUAUUUUUCCUUUGAUUUUAUGACUCUUAUGCUGUUUACAUACAGUUUCCAAAAACAAAAAAUGGAUUGUUGGUGCUUUGGAAUGUUAUAGUCCCACACUUGCUAUUUAUUAUGCACUUGACGUUUUUUCUCAGAGAUGCCACUACACAGUGUGUUCAUUAUACUCUUUCCAUAUUGUUGUGGUGGUAAAGCUAGAAGCUUAUAUUUUCUUCUGUAUCAUUUUCCCAUGGAGCAGGCAUGAUCCCAAUGGAUUAAAACCUCAGUUAUAAAAGGU